CCAGUUCCUAGUUGGGUCAGCUUGUAACAGAGAUGUCUGCCCAGCUGAUAAAACGUGUAACGCGAUGCGUGCAGAAGGGGCUGAUCUUCUGCUCUCUUUUUCUAUAUGUUGUCGUGGGUAAGACCCUCAUGUUCCUUGCUCCACAGACCAUGGAAACUCUUCUGAAAUCUCGCUUUGAGAUGACCGGAGCCCAAGUCCCAAAGUUUCAGUAUGACGACUGGGGACCCACCGUCUUCACAUUCAAAUUUUUAUGGUCAGUCCUGCAGAUUAUGUGGCUUCGCCUAGAAGAUGAAGCAUUUUUGGGGCAAACUGCACCCAAUACACCUGUGGUGGACAUGAAUGGAGAACUUCACCAUAUCUGGGAUUAUUUCCGAGGUCAACGUCCUUUGGUCCUCACAUUUGGAAGCUGCACAUGACCCCCGUUCCUCUUCAGGCUUAGCGAGUUCAAUAAGCUUGUCCAGGAUUUCAGCUCUGUGGCAGAUUUUUUGAUUAUCUACAUCGAUGAAGCUCAUGCAGAAGAUGGAUGGGCUUUAAAAAACAACAUAUCAAUAAGGAAACAUCAGAACAUCCAGGACCGGCUUGCUGCAGCUAAACGCCUGUUGGAGGAGCUGCCAUCUUGUCCUGUGGUGUUGGAUACUAUGCAGAAUCUGUGCAGCGCCAAGUAUGCCGCCCUGCCCGAGAGGCUUUACAUUCUGCAAGAGGGUAAAGUCAUUUACAAGGGAAACAUGGGACCCUGGGGGUACAAACCAGAGGAGGUACGGACUGUACUUGAGAAAACAAAAUAGUCUGAGGCUGGGUGUCACAUCCAUGAUCUCAGCAGAACAAGAGCAAUUCCUAUCUGUGACCAUAGACUGCCCCUUAAAGGUGCUACAAAUCAGAUUGCAAUGAACUGUAAAUCCCAGAUGCAUCACACAUGUGCCGCAGG